UAACAGUCUCAUUGUGAAGUGAUUUUUCUGUGGAAUAAUAUUUACGAGGAGUAACCUGUAAUCAUUAUUAUCGUCUCCCCAUGCGAGGUUUGUAAUCGGGACUUGCAAUGCACGCACAGGGACGUGCAUGAAAGAUGAAAUGUGGGCUUGAUCGUGGAUGUCCAUGAAAUGAACGGCGAAAAAAUAUGUGCCAAUUUCUUCGCACCGCAGUUAUAACAAGCGUCAGAAAUGAGAGACAUCACUGCAAUACUAAAUCCAUCAAAGCAACGGCGUAUUAAACGGGAUGUGGAAAAGACAUUAUGGAUAUACUAAAAUCAUAAAAAGACAACCGAUAACUUAAGCCCUUUCCUCAACAACAAUGUUUUGUCGCCAAGCCUGAGACUUGCUGGGGCAACAACGACAACGUUGCAACAAAAUGGCGACGGACGCAGUGAGUCCCGUUUCCAUCGAGUCCGCUGGAGAAAUGGCAACAGCCUCGUUGUCCGAGGUUCUGGCGACUCGAGGCCGCUUUCUAGAGGAGCAAGAACUGUGGGCGCUGUGUCGCGAGUGCUGCUUGACCCUGGAGUAUGUCAACGACUGCCAUGACCUAUUCCAGACCCUCUGCAUUAGUCCUGACACCGUGGCCUUUGACCCUGAAGGAAAUGUCUGCUUCCUGGACCUUGACUUAGAACCAGAGCAGUUGUACGUGGCACCAGAAAGUUCAGAAUAUGGAAGCAGUUCCUUCAAAAACAAAGCAGCUCUUCCCUACAGCAGAUGACAGAUGAACUAACGGCCUACCUACAGUCUCAGUCAAACUUUGUGCAGCCUAAAGCUUCACUUUCCACUAGUCCUUCCACUGCUGAGGGAACUCCUCAGCAGAACAGCAUAGUCCACAGUGAUGAAUCGAGCAAGAACGAUUCCACGCCCAGAAAUGUCCCUGACAGCACAAAAGACUUGAACCACAAUUGUUUGAAGAACCAGCAACAGAGCGUCAGUUCUAAGAAUACAAAAAACAAAGCCUCCAGAUCACAGGGCAUUCUGAGAGACGCAAGCUUUGAUGAGGAAGAAUCUGUAAUGGAGAACGAAGUGCCUGGUGAUGUCACUACACCGAGAAGGGCAAGGCGGCAGCAGGGCAUCAUGCUGGCUGAUGUCAUGGACUCUCUGGAUCACUUCCUGGAUGAAUCAGAGUUAUGGGCCCUGUGCAGAGAAAGUAUACUUUGUCUGCAACGAAAGAAGAAACAUUUACCUGCAUAUAUUUCACCUGACACAGUAAUGGUUCGGGAAAGUGGAACUAUUGGUUUCAAGGCGAUCCCAGAGGAGAAGCCCCUAGAAGUUAUUUACAUGGCACCUGAGCUACAACAGAAAGGAAUACUCAAUGAAAAGACUUGUCUGUAUGGCUUAGGUGUGACUGUGAAGAGUGCGGCUGGGGGUAAAUAUUCUUCCUCACUGGCAGUCCCUGAUGGAGAAGCCCUGGACAUCCUGGUGCAGUCUUUCCUCUGUGUAAACCCUGACAAGAGGCCGGAUCUAGAGACUGCAAUGGAGAUGUGUGAUGAAUAUGAAAAAGUGAAAAGAAAACAUUCAAAAGAAGUCUGCCAGAAGAUCUACAAAGAUGCUCUAGAAAGUGCAUCAUCUAACAAGUCAAACCAAUCUUCUACUUCUGUAGAUCUUCAAACACAUAAGGAUAGCAAAGCUCACCCACAGAACUCUUGGGACGAAGUAUCAUCAGACAAUACACAGUCUAUAGCCCACGGGAACCACUCUGAACUGGAGGACAACAUUGAAGACAUUCCAUUUGAUGACAAUGUUGAUGACACCAUCAGCCCAACUUCAGCCUUCAAGAAUGUAGGCGUGAAAAACCCUGUGGAGCAGAUACCUCCUUCAGCUUUCAAACCUGUUGCUGUGAAACCCAAACCUAUUAAAGAUCAGUACAGAGUCCCCAGUGCAUUUUCUUCCCCGGCCACCCAUUUCAAGCCUAUUGUAAUCCAUGAGAGCACAUCAAAUCCAAAAGACUCUAUGAAGAAUGAACAACUAGAAUCUACAGUCACCUCCACAAUGAAGGAGACAGAUGUUGUGGCUAAACUUAGGGAAAUUAAACACAAUCUCCUCAAACAUCGAACUACUGAAAUAUCUGGAAAAGAGGAGAAGGAAGUUCCCAAACAUGUGAGUAGAUCAGGAGUAGAUCAAUCAAAGGGAGAUGCUGAGAAUAAUCAUGUGAGACCAGCUGGAGAGGGCUCGUCAGACAUUGGUUCAGCGCUCAAAGAGUUACAGUCACAGGGACAACUACCAAGUACAGAUGUCCUUGCAACAGCCAUUGCACAGUAUCUGCGCACACACAUCGUUGGUGCCUCAGCCAGUAACGAGCCUGCUUGUAGCACUACACAAUCAUCAGGUCAAACUGAACCUGCUCCAGCAUCUCUGACUGGCAGUGUGACAUCCACACGCACAAUGCCAGCAUAUUCUGUGGAGAGUCUUCAGCAACAUCCUUUACACAGUAUACACACCUCUCAGCCUCACGGUGGUGGAAGCACAGUGUCUACCACCGCUACAUCCAUCAAUAUGUCUCUACAACAAAUGCCCUUAUCAGCCUCCACCGUCCCACAACAGUCUCAGCAAUAUACAGGUACAGCACUCACAGGAACAAACAACCCUUUCCUCCCCACUACAAUGAGCUCAGCCCAAGCAGCUCCUGCUGUAAGUUUGACACACCUUCCUGUGCCUUACCAACUUCCUACCUCCAGCGUCUCACCAAGCAACAUGCAUAUGACAACACCAUUCUCAGGUGUACCACCUGGGAAUGUACCUGUGCAAUUUACUCUCAUGCAGGACCCCGUCACUGGUAUCAUGCAAAUGGUUCCUGUUCCUUACAUUCCUUUCUCUCAAACUUCAUCAGCUCAUUCCGUUUCUCCCAGACAUAGUGAAAGUUCUGGUGUUCUUACAGGAGCUGGGGCUAGUGUGCUUCCAGGAACAGGGGCCCGUUUAUUCAGUAUGGACAGCAUUAAUGCAAGUGCAGAGCAGAAUUUAAAUUCAUCAGCAGACUCGGGAAAACUAGAGAAAGGAGCGAAAAGAGCCAGUGAUGUUGACAAUAGGAGACUUCAAAAAAAUCAUGACGCAAGUUUAGCAAAUAACGAUUAUCCUCAAAUGGAUAGAAAAACAGAUAGGAUAAGGCAGGCACAACCACCAGGAGAAAAUGAUUCUCAGUCUUCAUCUCCAUCUCCGUCCAAAGAUUCAGGCAUUUGUCUGACACAACUAGCUGCCUCAACGAAUUAUAACAAUGACUCUUUAAUGGAGCGGUUGUUGAGUUCUGAAAAUUCACAAAGACAAGGAACACUGUCUCGUGUUGUUAGAAUUCUUAGAGAAGAAUUUGUAGAAGAUGGAAUGUUUGAUACAGGCGUUGAGGAUCUUGCUAUUGCUGAGUACAUCCUUGCCCUGUCGUCAUUGUCAUGGGACACGUUUUGCAGUGCAGUUACAGAGAAAUAUUUCCACCUGGUUUGGACAUAUGACCUGUUGUCAUCCUUGUUUGAUGCAAUAGGAGGAGGAAAGCCCUCAAAUUUACACUUCAACUCAAAGACGCUGCCUGCCAAAAAAAAUAGACCAUUCUCCCAUAGAUCAGUUGGUGAAGCAGAAAGGAAACUGCGACAAUCAGAACCAGAUCUUCAAAGUGCCAUCAAUCAAGAAGUUGAAUAUGGGAAAGGUUCACACCAAGCACCUCAACAUCAUGGACACAACCUAGGUCUUUCUGGAGAUGAUAAACGCCUGUCAGGACUGAGACCAAAAUCCGAAAUUGGAAGGCGACGGGGUAUCUGGAGUGAAACAUCUGAUUCCACUGAUUCAGAGGCAAGAGACAAAAAGAGACGGUUCAAGAAACGUUGUGAGCUUGACAAGUCAAAAAGUUCUUCAGUGCAUAAUAUUCCAGCUGGAAGCUUUUCUUCUGUUGCUGAGAAUACUGGGAUGAAAACCGAGGCCUCUCUAAGUGGAGAUGUUCAACAUAAUGAUAAGAAUCUGAACAAUCCUAGUGUAUUCAGCAAAGAUUAUUUCCAAGCAAGGCCAAAAUCCAAUGUCCCCUCCACACAUUCUGGUACAGAAAACACAGGUCUAUCUUCAUCCCCAAAUGUUAGCCUCAAUAAGCGCCCUGGUCAUGGAUCAAGUACAGUCAGUCCAAACUCUUCUAUUGACAGUCCAAAAGGGCUACGGGGUAGUGGAAAGUAUGCACGUCCUCCGUCUGAGUUUGUUGAUCAAAAUCAAGGACACUCAACUCCUGUGUUACCGUCUAAAGGCCUGCCCAAUAGAAUGCAGCAACCUCUUCUUGCCACAGCUGCAAACAAUGGAAGGCAAUCUUCCCACCACAGGAGUGCGAGCAGUGAUCAUCCCCAGUCAGCAAACUCAGGCUUUCUGUCUCCCUCAUCCAGCCAAAACAACCCCAUCUCAUCCUCCCAACUGCUUGUCAAAAUAGACUAUGCUCAUUCUAGUUCUUCCAAUUCUCCAGAGGAAGAACGUAGUAGAUCAUAUCACCUGUCCUCCUCUGCAGGUCUUAUAAAAUCAAAGACUGUUUUGUCAGAGUCUGCAGCUGAAGUUGCUGAUUCUUCAUCAAAGUUCACUGAUAGUCAGAGCAAAAGAACACCUGCCCCUACAGCUCCUGUUCUACGUGGUGGACGUGGCAGAUAUGACCAUAGUGAUGGUGGGAAUGACCAAAGCUCAGACUCUGACUUUAACACAUCUGCAGAAAUGAGAAGACUGUCUGCAAAGAAACCUGAGCUUUUUGAUGAUAGAAGAACAUCCGGGUAUUCAACACCAAUUGAUAGUAUGAAGAAGUUGAAAUCUCCAAGCCAGCAAAGCAGCAUCAUUGCCCACAGUCACCUUCCGCAACCAUUUCAAACUAGACAGAGAGUCCCACCUCCAAAUAGUAAUGUCGACACGAGGCACAGAAAUUUCAAUUCCAGCAAUAGCUCUAGUGGUUUUGAUACUCCAAAUAAAAGAUUUAGUGGCACUGAGAAUUCCACAUCCCCUACACAGUAUGAACCAUCUCAACCAGGGAUGAGGACGCGAAGAGAUCAUGUGGAAGAUCAGGGACCCCGUGCUCAGUAUGGAAGAUCAUUGAGUGCUGUCUAUUCUCGGCCCUUACAUGGCUCUGAAAGUGGAGUGAAAGUGAUCGAAAGCUCAGACUACCCAAACUCUUCCUCUCAUCACAGGAGAGGCUCAGAUGGUUCUACGCAACUGCAAGAAAUAAACUGUGCAUUGAUGCCAUACACAAAGAGAGGACAAGUUGUUUACCACUCAGCCAUGAUACAGCUUAGUCUUACUGCUGAAGUGGACAAGUUUAUUCACUCUAUAGAUGAGGAAAACAAGCAUGUCAUAGAAAGUCGUCUUGCAAGCAUCAAUCAAGAAAUUUCCAUGCAGAGACGAGAGAGGAAGAAAACCCAACGCUUUUAUAGAAAGUUGACAGAGUCUGCAACAUCAUCAAAAUCUGGAAGAAGUGAUCAAAAUGUCAGUGAUCAAAUGCUGAGAGAUAUGACAGACAUGACAAGGAAAUUGUCCUUCCUUCAGCUGUGCCAGACCCAUCUACAGAUGUUGCUUGCAGAACUGAAUGGACUGGAUUCCUGUUUUCUAUAUUCUCUGAGUGCAUCGGAAGGAAUGGGUCCCUUAAGUCUUCAAGUUUGCAGGGAGAAUCCUUAUCUCCAGUUUCGUACAAUUAAUACACCAAAUGCUGGCAAGAUGUCGAUACUCCAGGCAGGCACUCCUCGUGGGCUCAUGUCGUAUUUGUACACAUCGUCAGCCUUGAGUGAUGGAUAUAUUCAUCAGUUUCUGUUGUGCUUCCGAUAUAUCCUUACUGCUGAGCAGUUACUGACUUUCAUCACUGAAAAGUACAGAUCAGCUCAGAGUGGUAACCAAGAAGAUCCAAACAUGAACAGGAUAUGUCGACGCUCUCUGGACUUUCUGCUCUUUUGGAUGGAGGGUUAUUACUCGAUUGACUUUGCUCCAAACACCAAACUUGUGAAAAAACUUGCAGAGUUUUUGAAAGAGCAGACUGACAAGAAUGCUGAUGGGGCAGAUGACUUGUUCAACCUCUAUGCAGCAUGCAGAAUGAGUGAAAAUGUUGAACUGAUGUUAAAUACAGAAGCAGAGGAAGAUGAAGAUGAGGAAAACAAUUAUUUUCUCCGCAUGGUGAAUCCAAAAAGGUGGGAGAGCUUCAGAUCAUUGCUCAAACGCUCAAAAUCAGACAAGUCCAAGUACGGAUUACUUGCUAGCUCAGCACAAUCUAAAUCUGACCUCAAAGUGAAUGCAGUGACCACAGGAGGUCUGAAGUCUGCCCAUCAGUUCUCUGUUAGUGACUGUCCAGUGCACACUCUGGCAGAACAGUUGACCCUACUGGAACAGGAGCUGUUUCGUAAAAGUCAUCCAGUGCACUUCCUAAACUCCCAGUUUCAAGGUGUGGGUGUUUCUCUCACCAUGCCUGGAAUGAGAACACCGUCCAUGUCCAGGAAAGCUGAUUCAUCCUCAAGUCCUAAGCGUGGCUUGUUUGUUGGAGAACCAGCUGUGGAGUCGUGGGUAGUGCACAUGAUCUGUCACUCUCAUGAACUGGCACACUGGGUGUCUGCUGAGAUUCUGAGCUGUGGGUCACACAAAGUCCAAGGUAGUAUGAUUACUAAAUUCUUGACGGUAGCUCAUAUGUGUUUAGAGGUGCGCAAUUUUGCCAGUGCCCUGUCUAUUCUCGAUGGUCUGGAGAAUCUUGUGGUGAAGCAACUACCCGUAUGGAAGAACAUAAGCACAAAAUACUUGGGCUACAUGGACUUGCUGUCUGAUACUAAGAUGAAAAUCAAGUCAGAAGCUAUGUGGCUGAUGUCGGAGAAAGACUGCCAUGUGUAUCCUACCAUACCAUGUGUUCUGUAUGCAUCUCUACACCUACAGCAAGUUGAGAUUGGAGGAUUUACACUGGCCAAUGGCAUGUUCAAGUGGGACAAAAUGAGAUCCAUAAGUGAGCUUGUAGAUCAAGUACGGAUAUUUCGAGACCAUGAGUACGGCUUUGAGCCUGAUCCUGAAACUCAGAGAGCAUUACGUAGACGACUAAGUGAGUUCAGUGACCAAGACCUCCAUGCCGUGGCAUCAACUCAAGAAACCAACUUCCGAAGACAUUCUUCCUCAUCAUCGCUGUCUGGGACUCUGAAAAAAGUCAAAGAUAAGCUGCAUUCCAAGAAGAAGUGAUGUCUAUGGCCUACUACAAUUUCAACUUUAAGCAGUCACAACAGUAACUACUCAUUUCUAUACAGCAAGCUAUUAACAGCUUCUUUCCUACUUCUGCAAAAUUUAGACGUCAAAUACAUGUUGAACAUCUCAGUUCAAACUUCAUACAAGUAUUGGGAAUUUAAAUUUUAUUGUUAUCAGGCUGUCAUUUUUGUAUGUUUUUAUAGCGGAGGGGCCUAAAUGGACAAGUCAUAUUUUGGAGGCUGUGGUUGUUUCUGUGCUAUCAUUGUUGUGUUUACUGAAAAAGAGUAUUUUUUUCAUGUGGACCUUUUUUUAAAAUAUUUUAUUACACAGAAAAAUGGGUUUUUUUAUUUUGUCAUUUUUGCAGACCAGACAAAGAAAUUUUGCAGUUUGGACAUUGGGGUGAAGUAAAGUGACCUGUGAAAAAAAAUUAUGUUUCACAGUAUUAUUUUGUGUGUAAAGCACAGUCGCUGGUGCAUGGUCGAAUGAUCACAGUUUAGGUUGCUCCCUUUGUAUUCAUUUGAAGACCAGCUCCCUUAUUCACGAUUUUUUUAGGGAAAUAAAUUUUUGAUGCCUUUGUUCAUGAAUGCAAACAGCACAAAAAUUUCAUCCUCACAAAAAAAAACCCCUCUUUUACAGCACUUGUGAGGUUUUUGUUUUCUUCUGCUUUCUUUCUAUUUCCAUGAAAUUGUCUAGGAUUAGGAAGCUCCUUUGUGUGUCACAGUGUAUGUUUUUUAGUGAGAAUUGACUCAACUCCAACAUUGAUCCCAUCUGCUGAAGGGCAGGUAUUUCUGAUGUGCUCAGUUUUGUUCACUCCAUUUCAGUGUGGCUAUUGUUCAAAGCAGGUCCAGGCAAAAUGAUGCCAUUGUCUUGCCGAGUUGCGAUAGUAAUAGUUGCAACUGGACAACAUCUGCUGGAAGAGAAAAAUGCUUGCACUUUUAGAAAUAUUCACGCUUUUAUUUUGCCCUCAUAACACAAAUACUGAUUAUACAGACUCCAAGUGUUGCAGCAUUGACUGGAUGUAGCUUUGUGUGCAUGUGUUAAAUGUUAGAGAGAGACCAAUAUCAUUACUUGCAUUAGGGGCAUCCUCAUCUGAUGGUAACAAUUUGGGCUUGUCAUGAAAAAAGUUGUGGGUCCAAUUCGCAGUUUGAUCAACAAAGAUGCUGUGGCCAUUGGGAAAAAAGUUUAUCCUGGGGUUUUUUUUUCACUUGUCACAGAUGCAUAUGUACGGGAAAUUCACGGAGACAGAAAAUAUUAAGAGUGGUAGCUGUGUGUACCUUAUAGGUUGCAAUGAUGCAAGUCCUCCAAGGACUAAGACAGACAUUAAAAGUGUACUAGCUGACCGAAUGAGUUACUAUGAAGUCAUGUAAGCUUAACAUGGAGAGGACACAUGACUGGAUAUAGCCUAAGCAUUCUAACUUUAUAAUACACCGUAUAACAACAUACAGGGUUUAAAAUGUACUCUCAGCUGUAACAUUCACUUUCUAAAGUCCCAUGAAGUAUUUUUACUUUAAAAUAAUAAUAAUACAUAUCUUGGCUAAAGUAAAACAAUCAAACACUUGGGUCCAAGGGAAUACAGUAUACUGAGGUUUUACAGUAUUUAGUUCUCCUUACCUCACAGUUAAAUGACUAUUCUAAUCAUCGAGUAGUAUUAGUAAUGUUCUCAACAAUAACAUUUAUUGACAUGAAGUGGUGGUUUCAAGUAUCAUUAUUAUAUAUAUUUAUUUCCAUUUUACAAAGCCACUGCUUGUCAUCCAGAUUCUAUGCAAUAUAACUGAAAGAGGUAUAGAUAGAUUAAUGUUUCUCAACCUCCAUACAUAUUAUAGAAGACUGCUUACAAUGUCAGAUUGAUUACUAUGUAUAACUUGUCAAACUUUCAAUGAGAUGCCAACACUAACAAAUUUAAUUAAUUUACAUGUCAGUUUCAAUCAAAAUGUUGACAUAUGUAUUGACUGUUUUAUAUAUGAUGUAUUUAUAAAAUAGUUACAUUUCCACACAUUAUAUUAUAUAUAUAUAUAUAUUUCCCCAUGUUGUAUUCAAUACAACAAUAUCGCUCGCAAAAUCUUGACAGUCGAACUUUCAAAUUUUGAAGUGAGCAUUAUUAAGUUUUCCUUUUUUAUGAGACAGCUCGCCGACUUACUGGCAUUUUGUUUUGGAACGAGUUAAAAACUAUACACAAAUUUUUGUGUUUUUGAUUAAAUCUCAUGUGAUAAACUUUACUUCUGUUUAUUAUCACAGGUAUGCACAACAUGUAAAUUUUUGCUUUCAUGCUAAGCAAUGUUUCACUGACUUAAACACUGUUGGUGUCGUCUAAUAUUUUUUUCCUUUUCCAUAAUACCUCAUUAAUAUUAGUAAGUAUACAUUGUAUGAUCGUCUUGUCCUUCUAUAUUAUAUUAAGCUCAAACACUCAAAGGAAAAUUUAAAGUUGUGUGAUUGUAAUUCUGUGAUAAUGUAAACAAAUACUGCUCCAUGGGCCAAUGUGUCCCCUGGAAGUCACAAACAUCCUCAUGUCAGCAAUCUUAUAUUUCACUGUGAUACACAUCUUGUUUUACUUUGAUAUCUGCCGCCUGUAGCAUACAACUUUCUUUUUUGGGUCAAAAAUAUAGUUACAACGUCAACAUAUCCCUAGAACUUGUGUACAGAACCUAUGCUGUAUGCAUCCCAUGGGGGUCUCAUGAUCUGUAGAACUGCAUCGUGGGAACAAAAUACAAUGUAUGAAUUUGUAAAGCAAAUAUAGCCUGUAUGAAUUUAUGAAGUAAACAGCCAAAAACAGAACAAGCUAUACCUCUUGUUCUAAUGUCACUUGGUGGGGACCCAGCUGAUUGUCGAAUGAGGCGUAUUUUCUACAGAACACCAGUCCUGCUGGAAUGUAUUGGUAGCAUAAAAUGAGGCAUGCUGGCAAAAUGAAUGACUUCUCACAAUCCUCAAAAGGAGAUAUUUUCCUAAAAUCAACACUGAGGUCAACUUUGUAGAUUUUCAAUUGAUGCAACUUUCUUCAAAUUUACAAAGUCUUUUAUUAUUUCUUACUGAUAAAUUGUAAAAACUCAACCUAUAACUUUAAUGUAUCUUUAUCCAAAGGGCUAAAAUCCGAGAAGUAACUCAUCUUGUCAGCACACUUACCAAAUACAGAUGAAAGCAGUUUCUGAAAAAGAGUUUAAAAGUUGGAGCAACUUGGCAAGAGAUUAAAAUAUAUUCGUUUUGCAAAGUGGAAGAACAUGUAUACAAUUUCAGUUUUACAACUUCGUAUCAUCUAUACUUUAUUUUCAUCCAUGUGAUAUCAUUGUAACAUAUAUUUCCCACUGUCUCAGCAAUGGAGCAUCAAAUUGAAAUAUACUGGAUGUACGGCAAAUAGAAAUGCAUAUUAAACUUUAACAAAUGGUGAAA